AUGUCUGUGCAUGAGUUUCUGCGGGAGGGUGGUGAGGCGUCGUGCCGGAUAGUGAACCGGCUCAGUCAUCUGAUCCAGAACCUGGACGUCUCUGGACUGGGCUCUCCUUUUGCUUUCAACCCUGCCAGCCGCAGGAGCUCCUGGAGAGACUCGGAUGAUGAGAUCAUGCAGCUGGACAGCAGUCCCUUCCUUGCUGCUGACAUCACCCCUGACCUCCAGAAGCAGUUUGCCUUCCUUUCAGGCGGUAGAGGAGACAACGGCAGCCCCAUCAUUGUGUUCCCAGAGUUCCCGGCGUUCGGAGGGAUCACAGACGGAGAGUUUCACAACGUGCUGACCUACCUGACGAGCGUGCCGAGUUUGUCUUCGACAGGCGUGGGUUUCAUCCUCGUCAUCGAUCGCCGGCAAGACCGAUGGGCGGCCGUCAAGGGGACCCUGCUUCGUAUCGCAGGCUCCUUCCCAGGGAACCUCCGGCUGGUUCUGGUCCUGAGGCCCACCACUCUCCUGCAGCGUACGCUCUCGGACAUCCUCUUCAAGUUCAACAAGGAUGAGUUCAAGAUGAAGGUGCCGGUGAUCAUGCUGAGCUCAAUAACUGAGCUCCACUCCUACAUCGAACGCUCCCAGCUGACCCUGGAACUCGGAGGAACACAGGACUACUGCCAUGAGAAGUGGAUCUCUCACCGCACUGCUAUCGAAGGCUUUGCGUUGAUGGUGAAGAAAACGGCGCAGAUCCUGCAGUCGUUCGGGACGGUGCUGGCUGAAACCGAACUCCCCAAUGAAAUCCAGACCACAACCAUCCUGCUGAGCACACACACCGACAAGAAAGACAAAAUGAAGGCGGAUCUGCUGGUAGCUCUGGAUCAGGGCAGCAGGCUGCUGGAGAGCAUCAAUGAGCCGGUGGCGCGAGACCCCGAUCACAGCAUGAACCAGGAUGAGCUUGAGAAUCUGGCCACCGUGCAGAGACUGCUGUCCCAGCUAGACGAGACGGAACGGGCUUUCGAUGAGUUCUGGCUGAGGCACCAAACCAAACUGGAGCAGUGUCUCCAGCUGCGCCACUUUGAGCACAACUACAGAGAGGUGAGGGCUCUGCUGGAUCAGGUGUCUGAGAAACUCGCAACCUUCUCUGAGGUGGGCAUCAGCCCGACCCACGCGGACCACAUCUUCUGUGAACUCACCACCUACGAGGAGAGAGUCUGUGAGGUGCUGGAACGAGCCUCGUCGUUGGCCGGUGACGGUGACGACCUGAUCCAGAACUCCCACUAUGCCGAGGACUCCAUUCAGCCCAAAUGCAGAGAGCUCAGAGCCGUCGGUGAGAACGUGCGCGGCAGCCUGAGGGCCAAGAAGGACCAUCUCCUCAAAGCCAUGGAGCUCCACCACUGUUUGGAGAGAGCUUCUAAAUGGGUUGAUGACGGUAUAUACCUGCUGGCGUCUCAGCCAGUGGACAAGUGUCAAUCGCACGAGGGGGCGGAGUUAGCCCUGAAGGAGCUAGAGCGUCACCUGGACCUCGCGGGCCAGAACCAACUGAAAGAACUCGGUACCAUCUGGAGAGAAUAUGAGGCUGUGCUCAACCAGCAGUUUAGAGACCACGUGGGAAAGGUUUUCCAGAAGCAGGCGUCCAUGCAGGAGAUGUUUGACAAGAGGAAGGUGAGCCUGAAGAAGCUGGCAGCCAAACAGACCAGGCCGGUGCAGCCGGUCGCCCCGAGACCUGAAGCCUUCAUCAAAUCCCCCCUCGGCUCGCCCGCACACAGAGCACAGCAGGAGAGCAAGAGCUCCGAGACCGUCUCCGGGAACAACUGUGACAAAGAAAAUGACCAACUGCAGAACGAAGACAGUAACAGCGGACACGCGUCUCUAUCGGAGGAGGAGGAGAACCUGGCGGUGCUCAGGAGGCAUGUUAUGAACGAGCUGCUGGAAACGGAGAGAGCCUACGUGGAAGAGCUGCUCUGUGUCCUGCAGGGAUACGCCUCUGAGAUGGACAACGCGGCGAUGGCUCACCUCAUCCCCGCUCCUCUGCAGAACAAAAAGGAGGUUCUGUUUGGCAACAUGUCCGAAAUCUACGACUUCCAUAAGAGGACGUUUCUGAGGGAGUUGGAGCAGUACACCGACUGCCCACAGUUGGUCGGGAGGUGUUUUCUAGAGCGGAUGACAGACCUGCAGAUUUAUGAGAAGUACUGUCACAACAAGCCUCGCUCUGAAAGCCUCUGGAGGCAGUGCUCGGACUGCGCCUUCAUCCAGGAGUGUCAGAAGAAGCUGGAGCAUAAACUUGGCUUGGAUUCUUACCUGCUGAAGCCCGUUCAGAGGAUCACCAAAUAUCAGCUGCUACUAAAGGAAAUGCUGAAGUACAGCAAGAGCUGUGAGGGGGCCGAUGACCUGCAGGAGGCACUGACCUCCAUCUUAGGCAUCCUCAAGGCUGUCAAUGACUCCAUGCACCUCAUCGCCAUUACAGGAUAUGAGGGUAACAUGAGUGACCUGGGCAAGCUGCUGAUGCAGGGGUCAUUCAGUGUGUGGACGGAGCACAAGAAAGGUCAUGCCAAGGUGAAAGACCUGGCCCGUUUCAAGCCCAUGCAGAGGCACCUCUUCCUCCACCAGAAGGCCCUGCUCUUCUGCAAGAGGAGGGAGGAGUACGGCGAAGGCUACGAGAAAGCUCCCUCGUACAGCUUCAAGCAAUCUCUGAGUAUGAGUGCUGUCGGCAUAACUGAGAACGCAAAGGGAGACCACAAGAAGUUUGAAAUCUGGUGCAACUCCAGAGAAGAGGUCUACAUAGUUCAGGCGCCAACGGCUGAAGUAAAAAACACCUGGUUGAAUGAGAUCAGGAAGGUUCUGACAACUCAGCUGGAAGCCUGCAGAGCCAGCCAGCAGAGGGCGCCAGAUCAGGUUUCCCAGUUCCCUCCUGCGCCCAGUGGAGCAGUAAGUCUCAGUCCAUUCAAGUCCGGUCAGAAGAGCUUGAAGAGGGGAGAGGAGAAGAAAGCGGAGCCCUCGAGCCCUGACGCCAACGCCUCCUCUUUACCAAAGCCGACAACAAAAGAUGAGGCUGUGACAAGCCCGACCUCAGACAGAGCUGCCGUGGCUAAAAAGCGUUUUACUUUACAGGGCUUCAGUAACCUCAAAGCCCAGAAAGGUAACUGGAGGCCAUUCAGCUCUCCCCCGAGUCCCGAUCACAAGACGAAACGCCAGAGCGACCCCACGCCGUUUGGCUUCAAAGAUGCAGGUCCUCCCCCUCUCCCCCUGAGCAGGGCCAGGUGGCGCAGCACUCCUAGUCUCUUACAGACAAAGUGGAGAGGCUGGAACAAGACCUCCCUGUCGCUGGACGCCUCGGAGGAGCACGACGGCUACUCCAGUGCUGAGGACGCUCUCAAUUCUGACCCCGAGGACGACAACGGCAAGAAGCUGUGCGCCGGUAAAUACACGGUGACGGCCGACUACGAGAAGGACGAUGCUCAAGAGCUCUCGGUGAAGGGCGGGGACGUGGUGCAGCUGGUGAAAGAGGGGGACGACGGACAGUGGUUUGUGCGCAACCUGAGCAGCUCGAAGGAGGGCUGGAUCGCAGCUGCUCACCUCAUCGCGCUCAUUGAGAAGUCCAAGUCCUGCCCGUCUCUCACCAGCUCAGAAGGCAGUGGCUCUGGUAACCUCAGCACAUCGUCCAGCUGCAGUGAGACCGAAACGACCUUCGCCGACGUCAAACCCUGAACGCCUCCUCGCCAAAACACUCGCGUCACGUUGCCAUCUGUGCUGUAUUGCCAACGUCAGCUCCCUUAAGAAUGUUGU